CAUGAUCACAAGGAAAGAAACCAGUCAGCAUGAAGGCGUACUACCCCCUCUUGCGAAUGUUUACAGUGUUUCAAGGGAAGAUAAAUUACAAACAACCCAGAGUGACGCCCCUUUACACUACAGUUGAUGAGAAGGUCUGCGUGUAAGGUCACUAGUUGCCUAUCUGGUUUACCAGCAGUUUGGUCAAGGAAAGUACACAAUACUUGCUACCAGAAUAGUCAUCUAGUCUCUUAUAGGAUUUUACAUCACCAUUUUGAGGACUUUAAACCCUGCAGUUACAUUUCCUUUAUUGCUAUCAUGGGAUUGCACAUGAAUGCCAGGUGUGAAGUCUAUCCUCGAGCCCCUGAUGUGAAGAGGUUUCCGGUUCCAGAUGAUAAGGUGGACUGGGCAGUAAAAUUUCCUGAAUAUAAGCCGACAGAUUUCACCAGUAAAUCAGUUUCUAGCCAGCCAGUCUGGGCAGAUAAUCCUGAUCCAUGUGAAAUCAAAUUUAACUGUGUUGAUGAAAGUUUGAAAGUUGAUAGAAGAUGUUUUAAAAAUGGACAACCACACAGUUAUGCAAUUGAUGAGAAAGGAUAUCCAAUAAACCCCAGCGGUCGAACAGGGUUGAAGGGAAGAGGAAGCCUUGGAAGAUGGGGACCAAACCACGCUGCAGACCCCAUUGUAACCAGAUGGAAGCGAGACAGUAAGGGGAAUGUAGUGCAGAAGGAUGGAAAGAAUGUUCUGCAGUUUGUGGCAGUGAAGAGGACAGACGGUGGGGGUUGGGCUCUACCUGGGGGCAUGGUCAACCCUGGAGAGAACAAGACAGCAACCUUGAUAAGAGAGUUUGGGGAGGAGGCUCUUAAUUCUUUGGAAAAGUCCGAGAAACAGAUUGAAGAGAUGAAAAAAAGCAUGGCAGAUUUUUUCAAAGAUGGAGAAACAGUCUACAAAGGGUAUGUUGAUGACCCACGGAACACAGACAAUUCCUGGAUGGAGACGAAAGCUAUGAACUUUCACGACUCAAAUGGGGAGUGUGUCGGCAAAUUCUCUCUACACGCAGGUGAUGAUGCAGCAGAGGUACAAUGGAUGGACAUUGACCACUCUUUGAAGCUAUACGCAAGUCAUAUAGACUUUAUCAAGGCCACCGUGGGCAGGCUCAAUGCUCACUGGUAGAGACAGCACUCUCUGUACGCAUCUCCCCCCCCCCCCCCCCCCCUUUUGCCAUAUGUGGGUUUAAAAGAAUUCUUUAGGAUAUUUGACGUACUAGUAUAGUAAUAGUUGUUGCUUUUGUCAAAUUGACUUUUGUUUUGUGGUUGUUAAGGGGAUUUAUGUGUUUUUUUCUAUGUUUUCCGCUUAAUUGAAAAAUGACAAUGCAAGUAAUAUACUUUUUUUGAAAAUUCAAAGCUUUGAAUUUCUAUAAUUAAAUGUAAAACCUCUGAACAAAAAAAUAUUUUAAUAAUAAAUAUUUUUGUAAAAUCUAAGCUUCAACAUUUUUCUGAUUCAAACAGAUAAUGCUGUUUAAAAUCUAUGACAUUCAUGUUCUAGUAUUUCAUAUUGUAAUAAGAACACUGUAUUAUGUGAAUAGGGAAUAAGACAUCAAUUUGGGAAUAAAUUGUGUUUUAUCAAAAGUGCAUAAUAUGCAGUUUUAUAUGUUGUAUUUAUCUAGUUUGACAAAUUAUAAUUAAAACAGAUACUUGCAUAUAUAAUAGCAUCAUUUAAAUUGAUUUUACUUCAAAACUGGAUUUUUUAUUAAUUUAAAAAAAAAUCCUCAUGAAAUGAACUGUGUCCAUGCCGCGCAUGGUUUAAAAUACACUUUAAAUGAUAAAAAUACAAUCACUGUUAAAGAAAAAGUCAUGGAAAAUUGCUUAUUAAGCUUAAAUCAUAGAUAAUAUAUUACAAAAAUAUAUGUAGAUCAUGAAAUGAAUAGUUUUGUUGGAGAAAAUCCCCAAAAUGAUGUCCAUUCCCAGUAUGAUGUCUUAUUCCUAAUUCACAUACGGUAAUACAGUGUUUAAUUAUUUUAGCUUAAUAUUUCGGUUCUGGUAUGCAAAGAUAGAAAUUAUUGAAAAUGUAUUCAUGUAAGCUUAAUAUAUAGAUUUUUUCUUUAUUUCUUAGAAGAUUAAAACUUCAAGUGACAAAAAAAGACACAUAUUUAUAUAUAUUUACCUUCGUUUGUAUUUUUUUUUGCAUUAUUGUUUGUUUUCUAUGUGAACAAUUAAUUUGUAUUUCAGAUUAUAAGUAUACAUUUUUGUUGCAAUCCGUAGGUACAUACCUAUGUAAAGACAAGCUCAAAUGGAAGUUCAAAUAGUUUCAAUUGUUGUAUAUUACAAUUUUCUUUCAAAAUGAGUUGCUCAAAAAAGUAAAUUUGCUUAUUUUUUAGCCUAACAAUCAGUUUAGCCUAACAAUCAGUAAAGCUUGCCUCCUAUUUUCAGCUAAUCUGAGCAAGAGCUUUGGGACCACCAUUUGUCUGUUGUGCAUCUUUCACCAACUUUUCAUUCAUACAACAUCUCAGCCUAUACCGCUGGGUAGCUUUUCACAAAGCGUCAUAUGAAUGAUCCUUGAAGGACCCUUUUAUUUGCCCCCAGUAGGUUGGUAGAUAUCUGUGGCACUGUCCAUUAGUCUGGCAUUCGGUUUCCGGAGUUUCAGUCCUAAACACAUGCAUGACUUACAGAUCAAGUUGGAAUUUUGUUACAGUCUAUUUAUUUUACGGGCCUUGGGCCUAGAAUUUUUUUGGCAAUAAUAGUUUUCCAGACUUUUCCUCAAGUCUUGAAACUUGAUCUGUUAAGUCAUGCAGGUAUAUGUAGAUUCACAUACCAAAAAUCAGGUCAAUAUCUUAAAAGCUUGCAAGAAAAUAAGGCCAGAAAACAGUUUGGAGAAAUUUUCUGUGUGCUAUGCUGAAAAUAGAGUUCUUUCUUUAAGUAAAUGUUAAGUCUAGAAAUAGACUUGUUGUCAAUUAUGAAGACAUGUUUUAUGCUUUAUUGUUUUUGGCACUUUGGCUGUCUUCUACGAGCGUUUUAUUAAAGGUAGCAUAAAGUAUUUUGCACUCAAUGUUUGCCCUUUAGUGUUGUAGCUGUAAAAGGCACCCCUAUUAUAGUGUAGAUGUUUUAUAAAGAUAAAAAUAACAUGGAAUUGCAAAGGUUUCCUUAUACAGAAAUAACUAACAUGUAAUAAGGCAAAUCCUACUAUCAAUGCAUAUUACAUGUAGCUUUAAACCUAUUUGUUUGAGUUUGAUUAAAUGGAUAAGGCAUAAGGCUUUUUGAAACCCUCCUGAGUCAAUUUCAGUUAGAACCAGUGCUUGGUGUUCUUGAGAGAGAUAUUAAAAAGGGUUCAGUGAGGAUCCAACCUGUAAUCUCCUGGUUACUAGGCACACAUAUCAGCUACUCUAUAGAGACCAACAAGGCUAAUUUGGACCAUAAUUGUACUUCAGACCAAUUAGGCUUUACUUAAUGCACAAGGGGAUUGUGACACACUGACGAUAUACAUACAUUUUAGUUGUAUAUAUUUUAUAAAGAUAUAUAAAUAUAUAUAUAUAUAUAUAUAAUUGUACCCAAGAUAUUUAUAUAAUUAUGAGAAAUGAGAAAACUGUGUCAGAAUGAGAUUAUAACCAUAAAUACUACCCAUUGAAGUAAAUGUACAUUAUUCUAUUUUUAGUAAGUGUUGUAGUUUGCAAAGGGUUUUAAUGUGACAUUUCAUAAUUAUAUAUAAGCAAUUUUUAUCAAUUUACUUAGCAAUACGUUCAGUGUUUUCAUUUAUUAUAUAAGUAAUUUUUACCUAGAGUCAAACUUCAGUCCAUUAUCCAUUUUUGUGUUGUUUGUGCAAUAUACUCAUUUUGUUUUGCAAAUUACCACAGAAUUUAUGCAUCACAUACAUGUUGCAGGAAUUGAACAUGGUUUGUUUGAUAAACUGUUUCAGAGGCUGACUUUUCAUUACAUGUUUUUCUGAAAUCACAUUCAAAAAUUAAGAACAUACUGCAUAAAUUAUACUACACUUCCAUAUAUGUACAGAUUAAUAAGUUUUCAUUUGGUAUAAGUCAUUUUACUGUGUUGCCGAAAUAACCAUUUAACAUUGCUACUUUAAGAAACUGUUAGGAAAACCUACUAAUAAACCAUGCUGUUUUCAUAUGUACAGUAGUCAAACACAAGUUGCUUUUUCUUACAACUUUAUAUUUUUAUAUGGGGUUCUAUUAUGAUUGUGAUAUGACCUAAUAUGAAGUUACUAUCAAGUUGAAAUUAAGUGUUUGAAUAAAUGUUGAGAGCAACAUAAUAAGUUUUUGCUCUUUUUUUCUUUCUACUGUCAUUUACAUGAAUUCCAAGUUUUAAUGGGUUAAUAUCUGUACCUAGAAGUGCUGAAAUUUGCUGGAUUUAUUCGAAAAUGUGUUAGAUUUUUUUUUCAGAGCCUACUUGCCAUUUUGAUUUAAAUAAAAUAAAUUAAUGAUUUUAAACUUCAGUAUUUAAAGUUGUCGUUUGCUAUAUGGACAUUUAUCACUACUUUUUUUUUCCCAAAUGUAUCCCUAACUUUUAUUUGACUAUUACCACCAGUACAAAUUAUCUUCAUCUCAAUUUUGUACAUGUAAAUAAAUAUUAACCAUUUAAAGUUUAUUAGCAAAAAUCAGUAAUUUUAUAACCCUGUCAGAGUUAAACACCACAUGUGAUACGUGAAGUGUGUUGCAAUAUAUAAACUGUAGGACAAACUUGUGCAUGCAUAAAAGGAAUAUUUGUUAUCUUAUCUGGGGAAAGUGGGCUCAAUGCAUGUGCGUAAAGUUUGGUCUCAGAUUAGCAGGAUUGGUCUCAAUAGGUUUAUCAGCGAGGGCGCUUUGGCUUGUAUGGAAUUAAAAUCCUGUCUUAGUAGAAAGUAUCAUCCUUGGUUAACCCUUUGCAUGCUGGGAAAUUUGUCGUCUGCUUAAAUGUCGUCUGCUGAAUUUCUAAAAUUAGCAUUUUCUUCGAUUUUUUUUCAAAGAAUACUAUCAGAAUAGCAAACAGUUUGGAUCCAGAUGAGACGCCACGUUCUGUGGCGUCUCAUCUGGAUCCAAACUGUUUGCAAAGGCCUUUAAAAUUCAGCUCCAGCGCUGUAAGGGUUAACAUGUGUGGACUGCACAGGCUAAUGUGGGAUGACACUUUACAACCAUACAUCAAGCCUGUCUUCCUAGAAUGAUUAAUAUGUAAAAGUAAUACUGACCCAUUUUAUGGACCCAUUUAAUGUGCAUUCAAAUAAUAAUGUCAGGUUGGAUUGUAUCCGUAGGUUAAUUGGGUUUUCAAAAUCUAGCCUAUUCAUGAACAAGUUAAAAUAUGUUAAUAUUUAUUAGUCCCCUACCAGUGAAACCGGAGAGAGACUUAUGGUUUGCGCUCUGUCAGUCUGUCACACUUUUCUGGAUCCUGCCAUAACUUUAAAAGGUCUUCAUAUUUUUCAUGAAACAUGGACAGAUGCAAUAUGAAGAUUAUGCACAUCAUUUCAUUUUGUACCUACGUCAAGAAUUAUGGUUGCUAUGGCAACAAGAGAUGUGUUUGUCAGAAACACAAUGCCCCCUAAUGCGCUGCUUUGAAUAAUUUUUUUGACCUUUGACAUUGAAUGAUGACCUUGACCUUUCACAACUCAAAAUGUGCAGCUCCAUGAGAUGUGUGUGUGUAUUUCGAUGUUUAUGAGGUCCCUUCGCGCCAGAGGCUGCUUGAUGUGAGGACCCAGAGUGUGUCCCAGCACUCCUUCCUUAUCAGAUUUUAGACUCACGAAAGUUGGGACGAAUUUGAAUGAUAGCUGCAAUUUCAAGCUAAUUAUUGUUUUACUGAAAGGUUUUUAAUUUUGAAGUGGUCUUGUGCUGUGCGGGGAAGCCAUAGUACCCGGAGGAAAAACCCAACCUGUCCGGUAUGGUAACCACCAAUAAAACUCACAUGCGCCGGGAUCGGGAAUCGAACCCGGGUCGCCUAGGUGAGAAGGGAGUGUGCUAACCACUGCGCUAGCCGGACAGCCCCGCAGCUCCAUGAGAUACACAUGCAUGCCAAAUAUAAAGUUGCUACGUUCAAUAUUGCAAAAGUUUUGAAGAAGGUUCAAGUUUUGGUUAAAGUUUUGGGACACACACACACACACAGACAGACAGACACAUACAAUGACAGACAGGCCAAAAACAAUAUACCCCCGAUCUUUCGAUCCGGGGGCAUAACAAACAGACUAGACAUAUUGCUGAAAAUGGAUCCUGUGAUAACUUUAAAAGUUCUUCAUAUUUUUUCAUGAAACUUGAAAUCUGGAUAGAUGGCAAUAUGGAGAUUAUGCGGGUAAUUUCAUUUUGUUCCUGCGUCAAGAAUUCUGGUUGCUAUGGCAACAAAUAAACUACAAUUAUUGCUGAAAAUGGUGGAUCCUGCGUAGGUAGGGGACGUUUAUUGCUUGGCAAUAGUCUUGUUGUACAAUGUAUUAUGUUUUGUAAAUGGAUUUCAAUAGAUAGGUGAUACCAUAAUUAAUUGAUGCAUGCUUAAUUUGUACCCGUUUGUAUCAUGCUUGUCUUAUUAUAUUUCAAAGUUUGCCACUACUCUACAACAAUGUAUAUUAGUUAUAAUAAAACAUUCAUUUAUU